GAAAUAGCGACCACAUUUUAGGCUCAAUGUGCACUGAAAUGCACGUAUAUUAAAAGGUUUUAGCUUAAAAUAAUUGUGAGGUCACACAUGUGUGCAUUUCAGCUCCCCAACUUCGCCAUAUUACCCAAGAUGUAGUGGAUAUUUACAGAGUUUGUUCAAACCAACGUCCCCUCUGUUCUCCCUUUAAAGUGGUCCGCUCCCUCCUGGUGCCAUGUUGGAUGUGCGCAUCGAUGCUGCAGCUACUGGAGUUUCCGAAUGAAAGUUUGGCGUUUUCUCAUCCACAGACACUUAGCGAGUUCUCGGUUUCACAGUAACCACUAAACGGGGAAGUUAAGGUGUUUGCCUAAACAGGAUAAAGCCUCGGGAACAUCUCCUGUCUUUCGCCUCCUCCGCCCUCCUGCCCGGAGUCGGACUGAGCGGAGAUGAUCCGGUUGCAGGCCACAGCAACCGGAGCCCGCAUGGAUUUUGUGUAAUUAGCAGCGUUUGCCGAACCCUUUCUGGGGAUAACCGCACCAAUUCGGGUUAAAGUUGAAGAUUUCGGAGCCAUGAACAGCCACCCGCCGCCCCGCAGGUCUGUGAACGUCGGCUCGCUGCUCCUGACCCCGCAGGAGAACGAGUGCCUGUUCAGCUACCUGGGCAGGAAAUGCGCCACCCUAUGUUCGGCGGUGGUCCAGGUGUACGGCGCCGACCGUAGCUGUAACUGGGUGAAGAGGUGUUGUGGAGUGGCCUGCUUGGUCAAAGACAACCCCCAGAGGUCCUACUUUAUCAGAGUGUUUGACAUCAAGGAAGGAAAGACAAUGUUUGAACAGGAACUGUACCACAACUUCUGCAUCAGCAGCUCCAGAUCCUACUUCAUCUCAUUUGCAGGAGAUACAUGUCAGAUUGGUCUGAAUUUUGCUAGUGAAGAAGAGGCAAAGCGAUUCAGAGUCACAAUCAAUGACCUGCUCAACCGACGACAGCGGAAAACAGAGAAAAGAGGAGACCCUAAAAAUGGUCCAGCUCUGCCCAUGGCCACAGUUGACAUCAAGAACCCAGAGAUCAACAAUGUCAGAUUCCACAACUCCCACGGCCACCAGCAGCCGUACCACAUCAACAACAUGCUGAGCCACGGCGGCCUUACCCGGAAGGACAAGAAGACCAAAGGCAAGAAGAAGAAGCUGACUAAAGCUGACAUUGGCACACCCAGCAACUUCCAGCACAUCGGUCACGUGGGCUGGGACCCUAACACAGGUUUUGAUCUGAACAACCUUGACCCCGAACUGAAGAACCUGUUCGACAUGUGCGGCAUCUCCGAGGCUCAGCUGAAGGACAGAGAGACAUCCAAGGUUAUCUACGACUUCAUUGAGAAGAAGGGAGGAGUGGAGGCUGUGAAGAACGAGCUGAGGAGGCAGGCACCUCCUCCACCUCCCUCUCGCGGCGGCCCACCUCCUCCUCCUCCUCCUCCCCUGCACAACUCUGCUCCUCCACCCCCGCCUCCACCAUCCAGAGGUGGCCGAGGAGCCCCUCCUCCCCCUCCUCCAUCCAGAGCCCCUGCUUCAGCUCCUCCUCCCCCGCCUCCCUCCAGACCAGGAACUCUGGGCGCUCCGCCUCCACCACCUCCUCCUACCAGAGGAGGUCACCAGCCUCCUCCCCCUCCCCACCACCACCACCAUCACCAGCCUCCCCCUCCUCCUCCUCCUGCUCCAGCCUCCUCACAUUCCUCCGUCGCCCCUCAGGCUCCGCCACCUCCACCUCCCUCACAUCUGUCUCCAGCAAGCAGUGCCCCUGCACCACCUCCUCCCCCUCCUCCUCCACCACCCCCACCUGGCCCUCCUCCCCCUCCAGAGUUGGACAGUGUCAGUGGAGGCGGAGACUCGCCUCAGUCACCAACCCCAGGUGGAAAGUCGGCGCUGCUGGAGCAGAUCAGAGGAGGAACCCAGCUGAAGAAAGUGGAGCAGAACAACCGAGCACCGGUGUCCAACACAGGACGAGACGCCCUACUGGACCAGAUCAGACAGGGAAUCCAGCUCAAGACAGUGUCGGAUUCAGAGUCCGGCCCUCCAACACCAGCUCCAGCUGCAGGUAUUGUCGGUGCUCUCAUGGAAGUGAUGCAGAGGAGGAAAAAAGCCAUCCAUUCCUCAGACGAAGACGAGGAUGACGACGAAGACGAGGACUUUGAGGACGACGACGAGUGGGAGGACUAGUAAAAGAUUCCUUCCAGUCCACCCCCCUACCCCACAUACCACUGACACAAAAAUAUCUCCUUAAACUCUUCCAGAAUCUGACUAAAAUUAUAAUGUAAAUGUUGUAUGAAUUUGCUGUAUAUUUAUUUUUGCCUUUUUUUUUUUUUUUUGCCUUUAUUUUAUAAUUAUUCUAAUUACUCUGUGCAAUACCUCUUCCGUUAAAUCCAUUCCAUCCACUACACAUCGUCAUGGUCCCAGCUCCUCCACUUCCCUACGUCAUUAAAAGAGCGCUUACAGUCAUCAGCCUGUCAUCAGCACAAUGCGGAGCCAGCUACAUUUCAUCAUCAUAAUCAAUACUCCACUGAGAAGAGUUCUUGUGUACUAUUUGGGAAAUGUUUUCAUUUGUUCUCUUCUUCAUUCCUUCUUCAAGAAACUUAAAAAAGGGAGAAUUAAGUGUGUACAAACAGGCAGGAUCCUCUUUGUGUUUGUUAGUGGUUGAUUUAAAUGCAAAGAUAACACUAUUUUCUUACCACGCUUCUUUUCAUACCAUCACCUUUCCUACUAAAUCUUAGUUUAGUUGUUAUUUUUUUUGUUUUCAUAAAGACAUGCAAUGACCAAAAUGUGGCGGCACGGCUGCCUCACACGGAUCUUUUAAGUUUUUUUGUAAUUAAAGUCGUUCAUUUGCACACAG